UUGUUUCUUACUUUCUCUCUCUUAAACCCCUUAAAAAUACACAAAAGAACUUUUCUGCUAUAAAACCUCACGCACUCACACUUUCCUCACAAACACUCCACCCACAAACAAAACAAAACAAAACAAAACCUCUCUCUCUUUCUCUAAUGGAGGUUUCAGCGAGAAAGCCUUAUUUCAUUGAAGAAGAAGAUGAUGAUGAUUUGGAUUCUUCUUUAUCGGAGAUGGAAGCUGGGUUUUCUGGUAACAGUGGAAACCCACGACACGGCUUCGUUUCAAGAACUUUCUCUUAUACGAGUAUGAACAGUAUCAGCAGGCACACGAACUAUUAUUAUAACAACUACCCUCAGAGUUGUUAUUACAAUCAAUACUCUGUUUCGUCUCCGAGAUCUGUUGUGUCCGGAAGGUUCCAUGAUUUGAGAUUCGAUAAUCAACAGCCUCAUUUCUUGGAUUCGUGUUUCCUCUGCAAGAAACCACUUGGUGAUAACAGAGACAUCUACAUGUACAGAGGAGACACACCGUUUUGCAGUGAAGAGUGUAGACAAGAACAGAUAGAGAGAGAUGAAGCAAAAGAGAAGAAAAAGGAUCUGUCUCAUUCUGUGAAAUCGGCAAUGAGGAGAAAAGAACAAAGAAGCUCAUCUUCUUCUCCUACUAGAUCUCGUGAUUAUGCUUUUCACAACGGGACUGUAGCUGCUGCUUGAAAUUCUGAAUCUGAUGAUGAGUUUGAAAGUUAUAAUAAUAAUUAUUAUGUUCAAAAACGAAAAAAGUGAGAUUGUCUCUUUAAGCUUCGAAGCUGGGUUUGGGAUUCUCUUUAGAUCUUUUCCUUAAAAGAUCAUUUUACUUCAGCUUGAAGUUUUCAGGAAAAAGAGAAAGCUAAAGAUCCUUCAGCUUCUUUUUUUGUGGUUUUUGUUUUAACUUAAAAGUUUUGGAGUCCAUAUGAGAAGAGAGAAAUUGUAAAUGCCGGUGUGAGUUUAACGUCCAUGGCAUGAGUAAAUUUUCUUGUUUU